UAAUGCUUGCGGAACUCCUUUGACAAUUUCAUUCUAACAACAAACGUUGCUGAUGCUGGCAAGAAGGGGGAGUACCGGAGAGUGCUCACUCAUCAAACACCCCUUGGUUACCAUGGAGACUGGGGAAUGACCAUGUUCCGGGUGAGCCACAUCUCGGUGAGUCGCAGACAGCAAUGGUCGUCCACCCACCACACCUUCUUUGGCACCGUCCAGCCCCGGGGGAAGCAGCCAUGCUUUAGGGGACUCUUUCUCGGGGUCAUAGCUGGGAUCCUGCUGACCAUUGGUAUAAUGUUGACCUGGAUAGCUGGAUUAAGUGGUAUUGUUGAAGCAGGCCCCAUCUUGAUUGGUUUUUCUCUCAUUGUGUUCCUUGUUGCUUCAUGUCAGUUCUUACAAGCCAGAAAAGAACAGCUUCUGGAGAGACAAGCUGAGGAGCAGAGAAGACAAGCCAUAGCCACAAUGGCAGUAAAUCAAGAUGGCGACAAUCCCCCAGAGACUGUUAUUAUUGAGGCUUUGACUCCGAGUGAAAUGUACAGCAGCACAGAUGACAAUGCCCCACCCAGCUAUAUGGAGGCCACGGAAUCGGAUCUGAACCACUCCGUUCUCCUGCCAGAGGAAGUGAAUGAGCAGAUAGAGGACCCGCCUUCUUACGCUGAAGCCAUGAGCACUUCCUGUGUAGAGAUCUGUACAAGAGGGACAACUCCAGCCAGUGUGUGCUGGAUUCCUCCUUAUUAUCCCCAUUUAUCUCCCCCUGAACACUGUUAUUCAAGUCUCAGCGGGCCUCCCAUAAUGAUGACGUCGUUAGAUGGGGAGGAAGUGGAGGACUCCGAACAUCCAUCGUUAGAUCGUGAGGGGACGGAGAACAAUGAAUCUCCAAUAAUUAUGACAUCAUUACAUCCUUACAGAGUGGAACAUAAUGAGCCUCCAAUAAUAAUGACAUCAUCACAUCGGGAAGGCUUGAGGGACAAUGACCUUGAAAUCAGCUCAGAUGUGGAUGAAUUCUCAGACACAAGCAGUUCACGUAGACCCAGUGAAGAAGUCCAGAACUAGAGUCCUGUGAUGUUAGCUGUUUAUAUUUUUGUAAUGAUAUGUAGGCAGUGUAAACUUUUUUUUUGAUAUCCAUUUAGUCAUAAGUUAUCCAUCAUUGCAAACCAUGGGUUU